AUGCGCGGCUUAAAUAUUGUAUAUCUGGGGCUGCCAGCUCUCGUUGCGGGUCGCAUUGACAGGCAGACAAUAGUCUCCCAAUAUAAUGUCGUCCGCACGAGCCUAAUUGACAAUGAAACAACCCCUUUGCAGGUCGGGAACGGCAAUUUUGCCUUUAACGUGGAUAAUACUGGAAUGCAGACAUUCCUCCCAUUUAAUACACUUUCUAGCUGGGCAUGGCACAAUGACUCGCUACCGACGGAUGGAGAGCAGCUCGACGACUACACCGGCGUACCAAUGCUAACCCACGGCCGCAAUGUAUCCUACGAUAUACCCGACCCAGACCUCCCUGAAGUGUCCCAGUGGCUCAUUGGGAAUCCGAACCGCAUAAACCUUGGGCGGAUAGGGCUGAGAUACAGAAAUUCCACACUGGCAGCGUCUGACAUCAUAGAUCCGCGACAGGAAUUGGACCUUUGGAAUGGGGUGAUAACUUCAACAUUCAAGGUCGACGGUGAACACGUCAAAGUGGUCACACAGGGAGACUUUGACUCUGACUCUGUGGCGUUCAAUAUCGAAUCACGGCUUGUGGAAACAGGUGCAUUGACUGUGGAACUGGACUUCCCGUAUCCGCCCAUUCACUCGACUGACUACAAGUAUGAAGUAUUUGUGGGAGUCUAUGACUUUGCUGAUAACCAUACCACGUCCAUCAUUCCCAGCAGGAACAGGGACACGGCGCAUAUAUACCACGAACUACAGGAGACAAACUACUUCACAAACCUGCGCUGGCCAUCUCACUCUCCUCUUCAAUUACUCCAGAAUCAGAAAGCAGCAGGCCUAGCAAAGCAUCAAUACAGGCUUAAACCGCAGACACGAUCAUCAACCAUAUCAUUUACAGCACUGUUCUCCCCCGAAAAGCAGAUCCCCGAUCAUCCCACUAAAAUCCAAAAGAGAAACACCGCUGGAUGGAACAAAUACUGGAGCAAAGGCGGCUUCGUCGAUCUAACCUCCUCUACAAACCCUAAAGCAGACGAACUCCAGCGCCGGAUAAUUCUCUCGCAGUACCACGUCCGCGUGAACAGUGCAGCAACCGGACAAUCUCCCCAGGAGAGCGGACUGAUGAAUAACGGGUGGUAUGGCAAAUUCCACAUGGAGAUGGUGGUAUGGCAUAACGCGCAUUGGGCGACCUGGGGUCGGCAGGAGUUCUUUGAUGAUGUUUUCCCCGGUGUUUAUGAGUCGCUUCUUCCGUCGUCUUUGGCCAGGGCGGAAGUGAUGGGAUGGGAGGGUGCCAGAUGGCCGAAGAUGACGGAGACUAAUACAGGCGUUAGUUCUCCUGGAGGUAUAAAUGGGCUUCUACUAUGGCAGCAGCCACACCCGAUGUACCUCGCUCAAUUGGCAUACCAGGCAUCACCGACGACAAAGACAUUGCGGAAAUGGGAUCCCGUUUUAACAGCAACAGCAGACUAUAUGGCAUCAUAUGCAUGGAAGAAUGAAAGUUCGGGAUACUAUGAUCUGGGACCUCCAUCAUACGGAGUCACGGAGAAUACACCCCCAGCCGAUACCCUGAAUCUGGCCUACGAGAUAGCAUACUGGCGCUACGGUCUGGACGUCGCGCGAGAGUGGAAAGCGAAGCUCGACCAGCCUGUUCCUGAAAAAUGGACAACCGUAGCAAAGAACCUCGCGCCCCCGCCCCAGGUCGAUGGUCUUUACGCCGUUUACGAAGGGCUGAACAGUUCCUGGUGGGAAGACUCAGAGUUGACAGGCGAUCCGCGGAGCUUGAUUAUGCUGCAGGGUAUACUCCCCGACACACCAGCUGUUGACUCUGAUAUUGCAAAGAAAACAGCAGAUAAGGUCUGGGAAAUCUGGACAGAUGAGAAUAUUCGCGGCUGGGGAAGGCCAGUUCUUGCGAUUAACUCGGCGAGGAUUGGGAACCCGGAUCGGGCGAUUUAUCAUUUGACGGCGUAUGAGUAUUGGAUUUUUGAUGAUGCGGGAUUUGCUGUUCGCGGAGGCGAUGGGGGAACACCACCGCCGUUCAUGCCUGGUAAUGCAGGAUUCCUACUAGCAGUGGCGUAUAUGGCUGCGGGGUGGGAUGGGUCUGAGGGCUAUGCUCCUGGGUUUCCAGAAGACGGAUGGGUGGUGAGGCAUGAGGGGUUACAGAAGGCAUUAUGA